GUCCCCCGCCCUCUCAGUAGCGCGCCUUUACCUGCUUUCAAGCAGUGGGAGGCGGGGCGGGAGCGGGAGCGGGGUGCGCGCCGGUCCCUGGAGCAGCCACUGUCAGUCACCGCCGCUGCGCGCCAGCGAGGACGAGCCUCUGACUCAGGCGGCCUGGGCUUCACGACCCCGGAACGUAGUACCCGCGCCCCAGCGACCCCUAGCCCAGCGUUGGGUCCCAUCCGCCUGGAUCCCUGGCUCCUGGGCCCCUCUUGGCCUCCGAGUAACAGCUAGCACCGCUCUUGAACACCCCAUUGGGUUGCCAUGGGAAACCACUCUGGAAAGCGAGAAUUAUCUGCUGAGAAGGCCAGUAAGGAUGGUGAGAUUCACCGAGGAGAGGCUGAAAAGAAGGGAAGCGUGGGCAAGCUUUCUCAGACGGCCUCAGAGGACAGUGAUGUGUUUGGGGAGGCAGAUGCGAUCCAGAACAAUGGGACCUCGGCUGAGGACACAGCGGUGACAGACUCCAAGCACACAGCAGACCCAAAGAAUAACUGGCAAGGCGCCCACCCAGCUGACCCAGGGAACCGCCCCCACUUGAUCCGCCUCUUUUCCCGAGAUGCCCCGGGAAGGGAGGACAACACCUUCAAAGACAGGCCCUCAGAGUCCGACGAGCUUCAGACCAUCCAAGAAGACCCGACAGCAGCUUCCGAAGGCCUGGAUGUGAUGGCAUCACAGAAGAGACCCUCACAGCGAUCCAAGUACCUGGCCACAGCAAGUACCAUGGACCAUGCCAGGCAUGGCUUCCUUCCAAGGCACAGAGACACGGGCAUCCUUGACUCCAUCGGGCGCUUCUUUAGCGGUGACAGGGGUGCGCCCAAGCGGGGCUCUGGCAAGGUACCCUGGCUAAAGCAGAGCCGGAGCCCUCUGCCCUCUCAUGCCCGCAGCCGUCCUGGGCUGUGCCACAUGUACAAGGAUUCACACACAAGAACUACCCACUAUGGUUCCCUGCCCCAGAAGUCGCAGCACGGCCGGACCCAAGAUGAAAACCCAGUAGUCCAUUUCUUCAAGAACAUUGUGACACCUCGAACACCACCUCCAUCCCAAGGGAAGGGGAGAGGCCUGUCCCUCAGCAGAUUUAGCUGGGGGGCCGAGGGGCAGAAGCCAGGAUUUGGCUACGGAGGCAGAGCUUCCGACUAUAAAUCGGCUCACAAGGGAUUCAAGGGGGCCUACGACGCCCAGGGCACGCUUUCCAAAAUCUUUAAGCUGGGAGGAAAAGACAGCCGCUCUGGAUCUCCCAUGGCAAGACGCUGAGAGCCCUGCUGCUCAGCCUUCCCGAAUCCUGCCCUCGGCUUCUUAAUAUAACUGCCUUAAACUUUUAAUUCUACUUGCACCGAUUAGCUAGUUAGAGCAGACCCUCUCUUAAUCCCGUGGAGCCGUGAACGCGGUGGGGCCAGGCCCACGGCACCCCGACUGGUUAAAACUAUUCGUCCCUUUUCGUUUGAAUAUUGAGUUUCCUCGGGGUCUUCUCAGCCCUGACUUGUCCCCCGUGCACCUUGUUCGACUCCGGAGGUUCAGGUGCAUGGACACCCUUCCAAGUUCACCCCUACUCCAUCCCCAGACUUUCUUUUCACGGUGAGGCACACGCCUCCAGCUUCCGUGGGCACUGCGGAUAGACAGGCACACCGCCAAGGAGCCAGAGAGCAUGGCGCAGGGGACUGUGUGGUCCAGGCCCCCUUUGUUUUCUUCCCCCUAAAGAGCUUUGUUUUUCCUAACAGGAUCAGACAGUCUUGGAGUGGCUUAUACAACGGGGGCUUGUGGUAUGUGAGCACAGGUUGGGCAGCUGUGAGAGUCCAGAGUGGGGUGGCCCUGGGGACGCUUCCAGGCCAGCUGUUCCCUGCACCCCACCAGCUGAUUUCGAGCGUGGCAGAGGGAAGGAAAGGGGCGAGCGGGCUGGGCAAUGGCCCCAACAGGAAACAGGGACUUAGGGGAACACGCUGGAGAUGCCGUGUGUGGCCACCGAAUGUCACCAGCUCUCCUCAGUGGCUCCCCAGAGCAGGUGCUUUUAAGAACCCUGUUUCCUCUCAGAGCCCAGGGAGAGUCCAAGGUCAUGGCGCAUCUGAAAGUGGGACUGCAGGAGUUCUCUGGUGGCCUCGGGCUGUCCCUCUGGUCACUUCUCACAUUGGGGUGGUCAGCGGCAGCUCGCCAUGGCAGUGCCCAUUGGUACACACUAACCUCGGUGGAAAAAUAACCAUUCCCUGCCUCCUAGAAAGGACUCAUUCUUAGCUUUAGGGGCGUUCCUGUCACUGAAUCGAGUCGCUGCCCCAGAUGCAGGGCUGGCCUGGGCGACCCUCCAGGGAUGAGGAGCUGAGAACCCCAGUCUUCUAAUGUCCCUGGACACCUUCUUAUCCCUCUAACGUACUAUGUCUUUUGAUUUAGCAUGCCUUCUAUAGACCUUCCAAAGAGCCCCACACUGGCACCAUCGCCCUAAGAAGGCAGGUGAUGGCUGAUGUAGCCCAAUAUUGCAUCUUGUUAAUCUGUUCUAAUUCUGAGUAGAGUGUGGGUUUAAGAUAACACCUAUUAAUGUAUCGCCACAAUAACGUGAGGGUAAGAGAAAAAGCAGGGAAGAAAUUUCCAGAAACAAACCCUCCAGAUUGUCCCACGGGAGUGUCUGCCCUCCAGUGUGACUGAACGACCUUGCCCAUGGCUUCAUCCAGACAGCACAGCUGCAGUAUGGCUGGACAGAAGCACCUACUGUUCUUGAAUAUUGAAAUAAAAUAAUAAACUUGCAA